GGCUUGCCGGGAGGGGGCAGGUAGCGGCCGGGCGGGGUCCAAUGGGUGCCGGCUCCCGAGGAGAGGGCGGAGGACAGGAGGAAGGAGGCGGAAUCUGGGCCCCGGCCCCAUUCAUUGCCGCGGCCCGCCGGGCGGGGGUCCCGUGUUCUCGGAGUCAUGGAGGCGCUAAUUCCUGUUAUCAACAAGCUCCAGGACGUCUUCAACACUGUGGGCGCAGACAUCAUCCAGUUGCCUCAGAUCGUCGUGGUGGGAACGCAGAGCAGUGGAAAGAGCUCAGUGCUAGAAAGCCUCGUGGGGAGGGACCUGCUUCCCAGAGGCACUGGUAUUGUCACCCGGAGACCUCUCAUUCUGCAGCUAGUCCAUGUUUCACCUGAAGAUAAACGAAAAACAACAGGAGAAGAAAAUGGAGUUGAAGCAGAGGAGUGGGGUAAAUUUCUUCACACCAAAAAUAAGCUUUACACGGAUUUUGAUGAAAUUCGACAAGAAAUUGAGAAUGAAACAGAAAGAAUUUCAGGAAAUAAUAAGGGAGUAAGCCCUGAACCAAUUCAUCUUAAGAUUUUUUCACCCAACGUUGUAAAUCUGACACUUGUGGAUUUGCCAGGAAUGACCAAGGUGCCUGUAGGUGAUCAACCUAAAGAUAUUGAGCUUCAAAUCAGAGAGCUCAUUCUUCGGUUCAUCAGUAAUCCAAAUUCCAUUAUCCUCGCUGUCACUGCUGCUAAUACAGAUAUGGCAACAUCAGAGGCACUUAAAAUUUCAAGAGAGGUAGAUCCAGAUGGUCGCAGAACUCUAGCUGUAAUCACUAAACUUGAUCUCAUGGAUGCGGGUACCGAUGCUAUGGAUGUAUUAAUGGGAAGGGUUAUACCAGUGAAACUUGGAAUAAUUGGAGUAGUUAACAGGAGCCAGCUAGAUAUUAACAAUAAGAAGAGUGUAAUUGAUUCAAUCCGUGAUGAAUAUGCUUUCCUUCAAAAGAAAUACCCAUCUCUGGCUAACAGAAAUGGAACAAAGUAUCUUGCUAGGACUCUAAACAGGUUACUGAUGCAUCACAUCAGAGAUUGCUUACCAGAGUUGAAGACGAGAAUAAAUGUUCUAGCUGCUCAAUAUCAGUCUCUUCUAAAUAGCUAUGGUGAACCUGUGGAUGAUAAAAGUGCUACUUUACUCCAGCUUAUCACCAAAUUUGCCACAGAAUAUUGUAACACUAUUGAAGGAACUGCAAAAUAUAUUGAAACUUCAGAGCUAUGCGGUGGUGCUAGAAUCUGUUACAUUUUCCAUGAGACUUUUGGGAGAACCUUAGAAUCUGUUGACCCACUAGGUGGCCUUAACACUAUUGACAUAUUGACUGCCAUUAGAAAUGCUACUGGUCCUCGUCCAGCUUUGUUUGUGCCUGAAGUUUCAUUUGAGUUACUGGUCAAGCGGCAGAUCAAACGUCUGGAAGAGCCCAGCCUCCGUUGUGUGGAACUGGUUCAUGAGGAAAUGCAGAGGAUCAUUCAGCACUGUAGCAAUUACAGUACACAGGAGCUGUUGCGGUUUCCUAAACUUCAUGAUGCCAUAGUUGAAGUAGUAACUUGCCUUCUUCGUAAACGGUUGCCAGUGACCAAUGAAAUGGUCCAUAAUUUAGUGGCAAUUGAAUUGGCUUAUAUCAACACAAAACAUCCAGACUUUGCUGAUGCUUGUGGGCUAAUGAACAAUAACAUAGAGGAACAAAGGAGAAACCGGCUAGCAAGAGAAUUACCUUCAGCUGUAUCACGAGACAAGUCUUCUAAAGUUCCAAGUGCUUUGGCACCUGCCUCCCAGGAACCCUCCCCUGCUGCUUCUGCUGAGGCUGAUGGCAAGUUAAUUCAGGACAGCAGAAGAGAAACUAAAAAUGUUGUAUCUGGAGCUGGUGGGGUUGGAGAUGCUGUUCAAGAACCAACAACAGGCAACUGGAGAGGAAUGCUGAAAACUUCAAAAGCUGAAGAGUUAUUAGCUGAGGAAAAAUCAAAACCAAUUCCAAUUAUGCCAGCCAGUCCACAAAAAGGCCACGCUGUGAAUCUGCUGGAUGUGCCAGUUCCUGUUGCACGCAAACUAUCUGCCCGCGAGCAGCGAGAUUGUGAGGUUAUUGAACGACUCAUCAAAUCAUAUUUUCUUAUUGUCAGGAAGAAUAUUCAAGACAGUGUGCCAAAGGCAGUGAUGCAUUUUUUGGUUAAUCAUGUGAAAGAUACUCUUCAGAGUGAGUUAGUAGGACAGCUGUAUAAAUCAUCCUUACUGGAUGAUCUCCUGACUGAAUCUGAGGACAUGGCACAGCGUAGAAAAGAAGCAGCUGAUAUGCUAAAGGCAUUACAAGGAGCAGGUCAAAUUAUUGCUGAAAUCCGAGAGACUCACCUUUGGUGAAGAGAAAUGCAUAAUACUGAGACUUUGUUGACUCGAAAGUUGCUAGUUACUGCCUACUUAUUUAUGAACUCCUGUGUAUUACAGUGGUAUGAAUCUGCUUAUAUGAAGACUGGCUAUACACUGAGAAUUGUACUCUAUUACAGAAUGAAAUCGCACAUUUAAUCCAAAUAAAAGGCUGUUUCUGAAGUUUCCCAGUAUAUAUAAAAUACAUCAAGUCUGUCAUGUGACAGUUUCAUUUGAACUUAAAAGAAAUGUUAAUGUUCUCUUGUACAAGCAGCUUGUCUGUGGAUACGAUGACCUGUGUAAUCUGCUGCCAUGGUCCUUCAAGAAGAACGCACCAAGACACUUCAUACGACUGUACUGCAUGCACUAUAUAAACUGGUCUGGCUUUGAAAGAUGUGGGUUGACAAGUUACUCACAUAGUCACUGUAUUCCACCUGUCCUUUGAUUUCGCUUUAUCUCUGCAACCUUUGAUGUGUGAGUAAGAAAGCUGGCUGUAUGAGAGGAUCUAGAACAAGGAUACAGUGUGUGUAACUGUGCAGAAUGUAUAACUGCACAGCCCUUCCACUUCUGGGUCCAUACUGCCCUCGUGCAUUAAUCUUUGAUUCGUAUUAAACCUAGAAGCAUGAAUUACAUUCUCCUGUAUUAAAAACAACCAUCUAGACUUGACCAGCUCCUUUUGGUUUUUAGAAGUUCUAAAAAAUACUCCCCUUGGUUUUCAAAUAUGAUAGUAAUUCAGGUACAUCUUUAAAUUAGGGCACACCAUGCUCCAAGAUUCAUUGGAGUUGGGACUUAAAACUAAAUAUUACUUGGCAAUAGUUACUUUUGCUUCACACCAGCAAAAUAUAUUAGAACAAGGUAUGAAAAUACUGGUGGAGCCUUAUUUAAAGAAAACACCCCUAAUGGCUUAUAGACAACUAAAUUAAUUCAGAGGCUUGGAGGUGAGGUUUAGAACAUAACAUACAUUUUGUUAAAAUUCCUCAGGUGACUCUUGAUAUGAAUUACAUUAUAAAUUUUAAGAUAAUGGUCAAAAUCUUUAAGGCAUCUAGCUCCACUGCUUAACAACAUGUUAAAAAUAAAUUUUAUUAUCUGCAAUAUAGAAUUUACUUAAGUUACAACAUUUAUGAAGGAUAUUGGCAAUAUGAAUAUAUCUGUUAACUUCAGCUUAUGGUACCCAUUUACUAAGAAAUAACAGGCUCACCAACUUAUCUCACACAACAAAAAACACCCAGAUUCAGUCUGACAUGAUAUGGUACUUUGAAUUGGUUAGUAGUGCCAUCUUGAUAAAAUACAUGGUAUCAAAAUGUCUGUUAAUGCACUUUAAAAUCACUCCGCCAUCAUUAAACAUCAGCUUUGAAAUUCUAGCCAUCCUUGAUUUACUUAUUUCAGAUGAUUACCAUUUUAGCCUUUUGAAUUUGUAAGGGGGAAAAACCCCUUCUAAAGCGCCUUUCUCCAGCAUUUCAAACAUUUCCAAUUUAAAAUGUUCCCUUUAAAGACAUGCUAUGGUAAUGCACUUUCUAGUACUACACACCUUGUACAAAGAAAAACAGGCAAGAAAGGCAUGGAAAGAGAAAACCUUUGUUGGCCCUUAAACUGAGUGAAGUUCUGAAAUGUAGAGAUGAUCUGUGACAUUUAUAAUGGAUAUCUGUAUGUUCUUGCUGUGUAAAUAAAAUUGCUGGUCUGAAAUGA